CCCCCAUUUGGGCAGUUCAUAUAGGGUUGAGAUAUUGAUAUCAAUGGUGUUUAAUAUCGUUUAACGUCAGGUUAGCUUUGAUUAGUUUGGGUUCAUUAUACAACACCAAGGUAGACCUAUGUUGAGGUUUAUUUUGACUAAGUUCUGCAGUUCCGCUGAUUUGACAUGAAAACAGGCCAGUUCUGCUACUAUUCAUCUCUACCACGUCGACCAAAGGUAUCAAUGAAUCUCCAUCCCCGAAUACCAGGAGUUUUGAUUUAUCAAUGAAGCCUUUCAUGUGUUAAUUGAGAUCACGAUGGGCUCGGAUUCGGUCCUGAAAUCUCAGGAUGAGAAGCGGGCUUCCAGCCUGGCCAAAUUGAUCCAACCUUCCUUGGCUACUUGGGAGAUUUCGAUUCUAACGGCUUCUUGGACGUUGGGCAUCUUGUAUUCACUCUAUCAUGUCUUUUUAGCCUCUAGAGAAUAUAGCCGCGUUUUGGCUCAGAAUAACGAUUUGGAAGUGGGAUGGUUUGGCAUAUCCCAAUGGAAGAAAGACACUUCGGACUCAGAAUGGUUUGUGUUCUCGGAGAUCUUGAUUUUCUCACUCCCUUGGUUAGCGGUUCACAUAAUCGGAUCCCAGAUAUUGAAGAAAUAUCGCAAAGAGUUCUUACCAACGUUUUAUGUGAUUUUAAGCGUUAAUUGGACAUCGCGAAUGAUUGGUGUCCGUGGACUGCAAUUCUUAUUCUUUCAACCCGUGAUCAUGUACGGGUGCUUACAGUUGAGGGACUCCAGGUUGAUCUACUUGCUUUCAAUGAUCUGCAUCGGUUUGAUUGAUCAUUGGCCUCUGACUGCGCUCAGAUCGGUCUCCUUUGAUGCCUCGGAUUACAAAGAGCGUUACAUUGGAUCCGUCACCUAUGCUUGGUUCAAUGCCCGAUGUCUGUCCUUUUGUCUAGAUCACUUGUGGGGACACGUCCCUUGGGAGUCAUCUCAUCUGCAUGGCCUUGUCAAUAUGUUGGCAUAUUGCUUCUAUUUACCCGUGGGGUUGGGAGGACCUAUUAUUAACUAUGAUACAUUUUACCAAGGCAUCACGUCCCAAUAUCGCGAAUGGACAUGGCGCCGACUGAGAGGUUUCUUUGCAGAAUGUGCCAGAUAUUUAGGCUGGUUGAUGUUUAAUAACUUCGUGCUGCAUUUCUUCUACUUCUCCGCCAUUCAAUACGAUUUGGGAACAUUUCUGAAGCUGGAUCUUUGGACAUUGUCUGGAGUUGCAUAUGCUAUGGGGCAUUUCUUUUACAUGAAGUAUUUGGUGUUCUACGGAUUUCCCAGGGCCUUCCUGACGGCUGAUGAUAUUGAGGCCCCCUCUCAGCCCAAGUGCAUCGCACGAAUUCAUUUGUAUUCAGAUAUGUGGCGAUAUUUUGAUAAUGGACUCUACAAGUUUAUACACAAAUACUUCUAUGCCGUCUUGAUCCACGACCGUCCUGGCUUGGUUGCCAAACUGUCUGCAUCUUUUUGCACUUUUGCAUUUAUUUAUAUUUGGCAUGGGAUUCAAGAACACGUCCUCAUUUGGAGCGUCCUCAAUUUCUUGGGCCUCACUGUCGAGGCAUUGGCCAAAGCCAUUGGAUCAUUGCCCUCUUAUCAGCGAUUUGAACGUUCCACAUUGAGCCCUCGAGGACGGCGAAGAUUCUAUUGUGUCUUGGGCGGACCUUUAUUCCUCAUCUCCAUAUUGAGCAACAUGUUCUUUUUUAUGGGAGUUCAAAACGGCAAACAUCUUAUGGAACGUGCAUGGACCUCAUUUCCCCUGGGAACGCCUUUUCUACUUCUCAUUAUGUAUUGUGCGGCGCACACCUCUUACGAAGUUCGGAAUUGGGAGGUGAAAAGCCGAGACCCAAGAUUUAGGCCAAUCCCAAAAAGUAAUGACUGAAGAUUUUAUAGCUUCCGAUGAGAAAACGUUUGAUUUUGAUGC